AUGACCGCCUUGGAGCAGGAAUCGGAGCGGCAGGGCACCAGCACCGACACCCUCAUGGAGAACGCCGGCCUGGCGGUAGCCCUGGAAGCCCGCCAGCGAAUGGGCGGCGUGGCUGGCGCCGGGGUAGUGGUCCUCGUUGGUCCCGGCAACAACGGCGCCGACGGCCUGGUGGUGGCCCGGCACCUGCGCCGGUGGGGUGCGGAGGUUACCGCCUGCCUGCUGACCAGUCGUCCUGACCCCGACCCCAAGGCUGAUCUGGCUCGCAGUUAUGGCGUGUCCGUACUGGCUUUGGGCGAAGAUACAGAGGUCGAAUUUCUUGACGGCCUCCUCGCUCGCAGCCGCCUGGUCAUAGACGCCAUACUGGGCACCGGCCGUUCCCGCCCCUUGCAGGGACUGGUGCGGGAAGUUCUGUUGCGGGUGGCCGCUACUCGCAAGCGUAGUCGCCGUCCCUUGCUGCUGGCCCUCGACUUGCCCACCGGGCUGAAUGCCGACACCGGCGCCGUAGACGACGCUACUCCCGUCAUGGACGCCACCCUGGCCCUCGGCUUUCCCAAGGCCGGGCUGCUGGCCUUUCCCGGCGCCGAGCGGGUGGGGGAACUGGUGACCCUGGAUAUUGGCUUGCCCGAUGGUGUGGGCCAGGAUGAUAUUUCCCUGGAACUAUUGACUGUCGAUUGGGUCAGUUCUCAGAUACCACCACGCCCGUUGGACUCCCACAAGGGCACCUACGGCCAUCUGCUGGUGGUGGCCGGUUCCCGCAACUUUGUGGGAGCGGCGUGCCUGGUGGCCCGGGCAGCCCACCGCGCCGGAGCCGGGCUGGUAACCCUGGCCACGCCGGAAAGCGUCUAUCCCAUCGUGGCCUCCCAGCUUACCGAGACCAUACACUUGCCCCUGCCCGAGGACGCCGAGGGCCGGGUGCAUGCCGACGCUGCCCAGGUUAUCCAUGAAGGCCUGACCCGUUACGAUGCGCUGGCCGUGGGCAGUGGCUUGGGCCAGUCCGAAAAUACCCUGGCGUUUAUCGAAGGGCUGCUUGUGGACGGACCGGUUUCAACCAUCCCUACCCUGGUGGACGCCGACGGCCUGAACAACCUGGCCCGUCUGCCCGACUGGUGGCAACGACGCUCCGGCCCGCUGGUUCUGACUCCCCAUCCCGGCGAAAUGGCUACUCUUACCGGCCUCUCCACGCUGGAGGUGCAGCGGGACCGCGCAGCAAUGGCCCGGCAGUGGGCCACCCAAUGGCAGGCCGUGGUCGUACUGAAAGGUGCCUUUACCGCUGUAGCUGAGCCGUCAGUACCCUCAACCAAUGGAGAGCAGUAUGAAGGGUUGGUGCGUUUAUCCCCUUUUGCCAACCCCGGCCUGGCCUCCGGAGGCACCGGAGAUGUGCUGACCGGCAUUAUCGGCAGCUUGCUGGCUCAAGGUUUGGCUCCCUUCGAUGCUUCCGGUUGCGGCGUGUACCUGCACGGUCAGGCGGCGGCAGCCGUCACCUCCGCACAGGGCCCCGUCGGCCUGCUGGCCUCGGAAGUGUCUGAAGCCUUGCCGCUGACCAUCAAUUCCCUCCGGCCAGGCUGA